AGUCAGCGCCGCAGUCGACGGAGGCAGGAGACUGAAGUCGACCGGUGCCAUGGACUCCAAGGUGUACAAGUCCAAUCCCAACCCAAAGGCUACGGCGAACCCCAUCUCCAAGCUCUUCGUCUGGUGGCUGCGAGGGACCGUAUGGAAACAAACCCUGACAGAAGACGACCUCUUCGACAGACUUGACAGCGAUGCCACAGAAGAACUGGCCGACAGACUACAAAAGUCCUGGGACGAGGAACUUAUCAGAGCGAAACAGAAGGACUCCAAACCCAGCUUCGCAAUGGCGAUUUUCCGAACGUUCUGGCUACGCUACUUCAUCUACGGUCUAUUUGAAUUGUUUGAUCAGCUAAUACUCAGAGUUGCUCAACCGCUACUUCUGGGUUUCACUAUUCAGUACUUCAACCCAGGCAGCACUAUCACAGAGGAACAAGCCUACAUCUACGCCAGCCUGAUGGUGCUCAUCAACUUUUUGAAGUUGUUCUGCCACCACCACUACACUAUGCUGACCACAUACGUUGGCAUGAGGGUCAGGGUGGCCUGUUGUGCUCUUCUGUACAGGAAGGUGCUCCGCAUCAACAAGCAGUCAAUAGACGUGACAGCGACGGGGCAGGUGAUCAACCUCAUGUCGAACGACGUGGCCCGCUUCGACGUGGCGUCUCUGUACGCCAACUGGCUAUGGAUGGCGUUUCUGCAGCUGGCGCUGAUCACUUAUUUCCUCUACCGUUCCGUAUCCUGGGCGGCAUUCGCGGGCGUCGUCUAUGUUAUCAUCAUGACCGUUCCUCCACAAACGUAUAUGGGAAAGCUUUCAGCGCGCUUCCGUAAGCGUGUCGCUGUCAGGACCGACGAGCGGAUGCGGAUGAUGAACGAGCUGGUGCAGGGCAUACAGGUGAUCAAGAUGUACGCCUGGGAGAAGCCCUUCGACAAGCUCGUCGCACUGGCCAGGAAAUCGGAAAUCCAUAAGCUACUUCACGCAGCCUAUCUGAAGAGUUUUCUGCUGGCUUCUGCUGUCUUCAUUGAGAGGUCUUCGCUGCUGGUCACACUCGUCGCCUACUUCCUAAUGGGUUAUAUUGCCGGUCCUGACCAGAUAUUCUCAAUGUCUCAGUACUACAACGUGCUCAACGUAGCACUGGCCAUCAUGUUCCCUAUGGGUAUAGCAGCUAUACAGGAAGCUCGUGUCUCCGUCCAUCGUAUACAGGAAUUUCUCCUUAAGCCAGAGGCAACUGUAGAGGACAGAAACUUGGGAGCAACGACAGGGGAAGUAUCCCUUCAGCACAUCUCAGCAACGUGGGAUGGCACCAAUCCAUCUCUUUCCUCUAUAAACCUCCAUGUUUCACCCGGAAAGCUAUGUGCCAUUGUAGGACCUGUCGGGUGCGGAAAGAGCUCUCUGUUGUACCUGCUGAUAAACGAGUUGACUCCGACGUGUGGGAAACUGAAGAUUGGUGGGAAGGUAUCCUACGCGAGCCAGGAACCGUGGAUAUUCGUGGGUACCGUGCGGCAGAACAUCCUAUUCGGACAUCCGUACGACAGGAAGAAGUACAAGCGGGUGGUGGAGGUGUGCGCCCUGUCCAAGGACUUCGAGCUGCUGCCGUACGGCGACCAGACGCUGGUGGGAGAGAAGGGCAUCACGCUCAGCGGCGGGCAGAGGGCCAGGGUCAACCUCGCCAGGGCUGUGUAUAGAGAGGCGGACGUGUACCUGCUGGACGACCCCUUGUCUGCUGUGGACACCCACGUCGGCAAACAUCUUUUCGCCGAAUGCAUUAACUCCUAUCUGAGUGGAAAGACAAGAAUUCUGGUCACACAUCAACUCCAGUACCUCCAGGGUGCCGACAGUAUUAUGAUACUAAACAAGGGGAACGUAGAGUGCCAGGGAACUUUCGAGGAGAUUCUUCGGAGCGGUGUCAGCUUUUCCAAACUGGUGUCUAGUGCCGAAGAAGAGACCGAGACUGAAGAUUUCGGCAUCAAGCGAUCAAUAAGCAGGAGAAAAUCAAUGCAGGACGAACAGAGUAAAUUAAGACGAUCAAUACGCAUCGGAUCUCAAAGGGCCAACGUGAAUGUCCUGCAGAGGCAGAUAUCAACGCUUUCGGAAGUGAGCCUGAUUAUGGAUGAAACUGGGAAAAUCCACAAAGAUCCAGCGGAACAAGACAAUAGUGAAAAAAUGAUGGACGAAAAGUUUCGAUGGCAAACGGUGUCCCAGUAUUUCCGUUCUGCUGGUGGGCUAUGCCUGUUGUUUUCUGUCGCUUCCAUGAUAGUCAUCGCACAAAUUAUAACCAGCGGUUCUGACUAUGUGGUGACGUAUUGGUCUAAUACGGAGGUGACGAGAACGUCUCUGCAGAUGCAGCUGGAGGCCGCCGAAGGUAGCAACGAGACGUUGGCAGAGGAGCUGGCGUCACUUCCGCCCAGCGAGUUCUUCCUGGAGCUCUAUGGAGGCCUCGUAGUCGGCUGCAUCGUGCUCACUCAAAUACGAUCCGUGGCUUUCUUCAACAUGUGCAUGCGGGCUUCUCGAAAUCUGCACAACAAGAUGUUCAGCUGCAUACUGAGAGCCCCUAUGCGCUUUUUCGACACGAACCCAUCUGGACGAAUACUCAACAGGUUCUCAAAGGAUAUGGGAUCAACCGACGAGUUGCUGCCACAGUUUACAAUAAUGAUGAUUCAGAUUUACCUUGUGCUUUGUGGAAUUUUGGCUAUGGUUCUCGUUGUGAACUACAUUCUCAUUGUUCCCAUGGUCAUUGUCGGAGCUUUAUUCGUUUACGUGGCUAGACUUUUUAUGACUACUGGGAGAAAUGUUAAGAGACUGGAAGGCAUUCGACGAAGUCCCGUGUUCUCUCAUCUUUCCGAUACACUUAACGGGUUGUCAACAAUAAGAGCUUCAGGCAUCCAGGAUAUCAUCAGGAAGGAAUUUGAUAGUCACCAGGAUCGUCAUACGUCGGCUUGGUUCCUGUACGUGACCAAUGGAUCAGCUCUCGGCAUAUGGCUGGACUUCCUGAGCAGCAUUUUUGUUGCUAUCGUCACGUACAGUUUCCUCGUUCUGUCAGCAGGUUCAUUUGGUGGUUCUGGUGUGGGCUUGGCUAUUUCACAGUCACUUAUUCUGACUGGUAUGCUUCAGUAUGGCAUUAUGCAAAUGACAGAAGUUGUCAGUCAAAUGACAUCAGUGGAGAGGGUCCUUGAGUACACCAAGAUCCCAUCUGAAGCUGCUUUGGAUUCUGCUCCAGAUAAGAAGCCACCAGCAUCAUGGCCACAGCGAGGACAGGUUACCUUCCAUAAGAUGUAUCUCAAAUACAGCCCUGAAGAUCCUCCAGUCCUCAACAACCUUAAUUUUACUGUACAAGCCACACACAAGGUUGGCAUAGUCGGUCGCACAGGCGCAGGGAAGUCGUCACUUAUUUCCGCUCUCUUCCGGCUGGCACCUAUAGAGGGAGCCAUUCUGAUUGAUGAUGUGGACACCAGCACCCUGGGACUCCAUGACUUGCGGAAACACAUUUCCAUUAUCCCACAGGAACCUGUGCUCUUCUCAGAGACUCUCCGCUUCAACCUGGACCCGUUUUCAGAGUUUGAUGACGCAAAACUCUGGGAUGUACUUGAAGAGGUGAAGCUCAAGUCAAGUAUACAGACACUGGACUUCCGGGUGACGGAAGGUGGCAGUAAUUUCAGUGUGGGCCAGAGGCAGCUGGUGUGUCUGGCGAGAGCCAUACUUAGGAAUAAUAGGAUCCUGGUGCUUGAUGAAGCCACUGCCAAUGUUGAUCCAGAGACAGAUGCUCUCAUUCAAGCCACAAUUCGCAGAAAAUUUAAACACUGCACGGUCCUGACCAUAGCUCACAGACUUAACACAAUUAUGGAUUCAGAUAAAGUUCUCGUAAUGGAUGCUGGAACGAUGGUUGAAUAUGACCAUCCACACAUACUUUUGAGAAAUCCAACUGGCUUCCUGUCGAAACUUGUACAAGAAACAGGAAAUGCCAUGGCUGAACAGUUAAGAAAUGUCGCAAAGCAGAGCUACAGUGAAUUACAUGGACUGCAAGAAGGUCUUGUGGAAGGGCAAACAACAAAGUUGUGAAUUACCAUUGAAGCAAGAGUGUGCCUUAAUUACUGUACCAUGAUUAAGAGCUGCUGUUAAAGAGUGAAUCAAAGCCAGUGGGCUCAGAUACUUUUGGAGAUCUUAGAAAGAAUUGCUACUGCUAAGGUCAUCAAAGAUGCUACAGCAGAUUGUAUAAAUGACAGAUGUGUUGUUUCAAUAAACAGCUAGUAGCACAAAUGUAAUUUUCAGUGUGGAUUUGAUAUGAAUAAAUUCCAAAUAUUGUUUGACAAAUAAAAUAUGUAAUGUUCCAGAUGUACCAGGUACUGCUUGUACAGAAUGGUUUCCUUGGAGCCAAAUAUUUCAUGAUAAAAUCUCCACGUGCAAUGGCAUAGUAAUUAACAUUCAGAGGCUAAUGUAUACUAUAUUUUCUACAUGAUCUCGCAUUUUAUAUACCAAAGAUAAGUAAUACUUCAUUCAUAAGUUAAUUGCUAUAAUAUAGAUUAGAGAAAACAAUGAAUGUGAUGACAUAGUCAUAAUAAAAAACACAAGAUGUAAAGACAAAGUGAAAUUAGAUACACGUACAGUGAUGACAAUGGUACCAUCAGGUGGAAUUUUGAGUAAAAAGUUGUAUUUGACGGUUUACAUAAGAGACUGAUGUAUUAAAUUUUAUCAAUUAAUUGUGUGUCAAAACUUUUUAAAUUAAACCUCUUUGGUCAAGAUUUGUUCAAAAAGUAGUAUUUGAUUGUUUGUACAAGAAACUGAUUUACUUAAUUUUAUCAGUUAAUUGAGUGACAAAUUGUUAAAUCAAAUAUGUGGGUAAAUUUUGUGUAAAAAGUAGCACCUGACUAUCAAAAAAAUGAUGUACAAAAUUUUGUUAAGUUAAUUGUGUGACAAAAGUACUCAAAUCUCUUUGGAUAAAUUUUGCGCAAAAUGUAGCACUUAACUGUUUGUAUUAAAAGCUGAUCUACGAAAUUCUAUCAAUGAAUUGUUUGGAAAGACUAUUUAAAUUAAAUCCUUUGCAUAAGAAAUAUAUAGCUGUUAUUUGUACCUCACGCAAUCAUUGAAAAUACUCAUAGUUUCAUAAUUGUUUAAGCAGUUGUAACACAUAUUUGAUAAAUGAAUUACAAUUGUUGAAAAGAGGAAGUAGGCAACUUUUUGUAUUGAGCUAACUGUAUACAUAAGAUACAUACAGAAGCCUGUUUGGUUGAUAUUCCCAUUUCAUCCAUAUCACAAUUGCAUGUUACUAGAGAUUAUUGCCACUAAAGUGAGAUGAACAACUACACUAGUUUUAACUGAUUGUGACACAGUCGAUUUUCACAAGAAUGAUCCAGGAGGUGCAGAAAUUUUUUCAAAUAUGUUCAGUCCAUAAUCAUAAAAAAAACUGUCCUCACCAUACUAAAUUCAAGAAAAUUUCUCGUAUCUGAUGAUAAUAAAAAGAUACAAUUAUGAACAACAUUUUAAAUUACAGAAACACAAAUAUUCAAGUGUGAUACAGAGUACUUUUUUCAUAAAUCGCAAAAUUAAGAAGACAUACCCAAAUUCAGGCAGGCAGAAUAGAUUUUUCACAAACUCUAAAGUUGGAUCCAAGUGGCAUAUUCAGAAAUCAUACGCAAGGACAUCUAGCCAUCAUCGAAAACUGGACAAAAAUGUUGCACCCAAGUCAAGAUUUUCUAGGAUCUGAGGAUUCAUCUGAAUUCAACCGUUCUCCCAUAAUUUCCUUCAGGGUUUCCCACACUCCUUCUACGGAAGACCUACAGUAUUGUCUAUCGCUCCAUUUCUAUGUCUGUACUUUGACAUUUAGUUUCAAACCGACUGAUGCACUGUUCUCUCUUAAUGUUUUGGGCAGUUGGGCAGUCCUCCUUAGAUGUGGUUCUUGUUCAUUCUGGCACAGUCUUCAUAGCAUCAAUUUGAUAGGUGUCUUGCUGUUUUUACAUAACUAUUGCAUUUGUUAUUUUAUGUACCAUACUUUUUGAAAACCAGCGACUGUGACAUUAAUGAUUUAAAUAAUAAAACACUGCUUUAGUUACCUUUUUCCAUGUAUAUCAUGACCCAUUUGAAGACUUUAUUUCCAUUUUAAAGUGCAACCUUUAAUAUUGAUGUAGUAAAGAGGAAGCAAAAUGGCACAUGCACACAGGCAUCACUUAAAAUAUCAAUGUAAAUAGCUGAACUUCGAAAUGGGAAUAAGUUUCAGAAACGCAUCAUACUACGUGUGAAAAAUGUAACUGGUGCAUUGUUAUAUUAUUUACUAAAUAUUUUUGUAUUCUGCAACUGUGCAUUGACAUCAGCUGUUUGUGACACACGAAAAUUUAUGUGAGACCAGUAAUCGAACCCAGAUUU